GAAUAGUAGCUUCGUAGCACUGCUGUUGACAACACAUCUAAAACAACAACAACAAUAAUAAUAAUAAUAAAAAAUAUUUAGCCUUAAAAUUCACUAACCAAAAAGGCAAAACAAAAAUCAUUAUUGUUAUUAUUACUAAAUAAUUAAGACCGACCGACCAAAAAUUAACAGCAGCAGCCGCAAAAAAUUUGUUAAACAUUUUGUUCUUAUUAGAUUCUUGUUUCUUUUUAAAUUAAAAUAAAUAUUGUUAAAAAUAAAAAUUUCCUUACCUCAUAAAAAUCACUCAACAACAGCAAACAAAACAAGGAAAUUUGUUAAAAUAAUUAUGCUAAAAAAAGUGCUAAAUCUCAAUUUCUAAAGAAUAUAUGAAAUUUUUUAUGGCAAAACUAAAGUGUUGAUGAUUUUUUAACAAAAAACAAAACCAAGAAAAAUCAAUGAGCACAAGGAAAAUAUCAAAAUAAACUUUAAGGUUUAUUUGCAAGAAGAAAAUCUAUGGAAAUAAAUGAAAAUUAAUUAAUAAAUAAAAAGUGCCGUAUAACGAAGCAAGCGAGAGAAAUUUUCAAACAUUUUCUUUGUUGUCAGGAAAAUUUAAACAGCAGCAACAGAAAAUCGUUUUCCCCCAAAUCAAUUGUGAUAUUUUAUAAUUUAAAUACUUGCUUUACGUUUUUUAACCAUCAUCAUCAUCAAAUCAACAUCAUCAUUAUUACUCUACUACUACAACUACUAAAAUCUUAUUCACUUAAUUAAUUGAUUUAAUUUGAAUAAAUGAACAUGGAGGUGUUAUCCGUACAAAAUCAAUAUCCAGCUCAUUUCGCUCUAGCUACAGAUUGGAAGAGUCAACUCACAUUAUCCACACCCACAAACGGCGGUUCGUUAAAAUCUCAGCCGUCGUAUAAAUUUACAAAUACCCCGUUUAAGCCACAUCAUCACAUCAAUCAUCCACAUCAUCAUCAUCAACGGAAACAACAAAAUCUUAAAACAUCUAACAGUGUUAAAUACACCUCCAACUCCUCAAACAAAUUAAACUGUGAUACAACAAUAACAACAACAACAACAAAAACUACAACAAACACAACAUCAAGAACAACAACAGCGUCAAAAUCGUCCAUAAACGCCAAAUCGCUACAAACUCAAGCUGUCCAAGAGUUGUCGCUGCGUUUAUUGGAUGAACUGCGUGCAGCCAAAUCUAGACAUUUGGCCUGUACCGAAGUAUCGCUACCCUGUGAUCUCACACCACGCAUAGCGUUGGAUAUUUUACGUUUAGCCCGUGAAGAAGCCAAUGGUUUGCGCGACUGCACCAUCUAUAUCGAAUUCGAGGAUGAACCCAACAAUUCCCGUCGCAUUGCAACUCUCGACUUGAACAAUCAACGCUCUGGCAAUACUGGCUACGAAAUCUAUGUCACUCUUAGCCAGGAUCAUCGCGGCUGGACUGCGUUAUUGCCACAAUUUAUGAAGAAUUUAUCGCGUACCAUAACCAUAAGUCCCGAGUUCAAUAUAACCAAACAUAGGCCAUACUCCAAGAGUUUGUGUUAAAUGGAAUAACAAAAAUAGGUAACAAAAAAAAGAAAUUUAAAAGCAAAUAACAAAACAAAAAAAAAACAAUUUGGUUGGCAUAUAAAAUAUCAUUAAAAUAUAUACAAACUUACAUUCAUACUACAUUCAUAGAUACUUCUUGAUAUAGAAGAAGAAAAACACACACACACAACAAAUAAAUAUCUUUUCUCAUACACUUACACACACUAAAGACCAAAACGUUAAAGUAAAAUUAUUAAAAAAAAAACAAAAAAACCACCCACCUUUUUAGAUUUCUACUUUUAUUAGUAAAAGCAGAAAAAACUUAAAAAAAAACUCAACAAAACCCACUAAACUACCAACCUGUUUUUAAAAAAGAAAAUUUCUAAUAUUUUUUGUUUAAAUUUCUCUCUCAAAAAAAAUUUAUAAGUUUUUAUAGGAUUUUAGGCUUUUAAAAAAUCUCAUUGAUACAUUUGUUCAAAUUAGGUUUUAAAAAAUUAUUUAUUAUUUUUUUUUAUACAUACGAUACAUAUUAAUUUUUAAAAAGGAAAGAAUGAAUGAACAUUUUUUUAAACGAUUCGUUUUUGUCAAAAUUUGUUUGUGGUAUAAGUAUUAUAUUUUUUAAAAAAAUGGCAGCACUUAUACAACUUAAAACAAAGAAAAAAAACAAAAUUUUUAUUUAAAAAUUAAAAAAAAAAAAAACAAAAAAAGAAAAACUUUCAUGAAACGAUAUGAAGUAUUUGCCAAGAUCUCCAACUCAUAAAAAUGUGAUACUGAUUAAGUUGCUUAGGUUAAGAAAUCAAAUACAAAAUAAUUAAUAAUUAAACAAAACAAACAAACAAACAAAAAUAAAAA